AGGGUUGAGGUGCUGCCGGCGGGGGCCGACGUGCUGCCGGCGGAGGGUCCCGCCGCGGGGUGAGCGAGCGAGCGCGGCCGGGCCCUGAGGCGCGGCGGCUGUGGGCGCCUCUCCCGUCAGGCCGGCGGGAGCGGCGCGGGGACCGGGAAACUUCGCCGAAGUUACGGCCGAGAGCGGCUCGCGGCUCCGGGGAGGGCGGGAGGCGGCGGUGCCGAGCUGAGCGCUCAGUAGAGGGCAGCGGCACCGCAGGCUCGCGGGGUCAGGGCGCUGAGGCGUGGUAUGGCCUACCCGCCGCGCGUGGCCGCAGCCCGAUGGAGGGCGGUACUGGUGGGGGGCGGGGAGCGGCGGCGGGAGGGGCCGGGAACGCCGCCUGUGUGCUGUGUGCUGGUUAGCUGGUCACGGCGAGCUGGGGCUGCUUCGUUGCGUGUGCUGCUACGCGCUAUUAUUAGAGCUGGUAUUUAAUGUUGGUGCGUGCGUAGCGAGUUAUAUAUUGGGACGACGUCCUCUGCAGAACUCUGUCGUCAAAGGGAAGUUCUGUGAGGGAACAAGUGCCUCAGUCCCAAACUCGGACCUUCAGAGCUGUCUUUAGCUGCUGCUCCACAUGGAAGCUUCCGCUGCCCUCUGAGAUGCUUCCAUAGCUGUUUGAACUGCACAAGGCUCGGCAGCAGAACUCAGUGCUGGCCUGCAGGCUAUGCUGGGAUCAGGCACCGUGUGUCUGCCGUGGCCUGAGGUGCAGCGCCCCUUAGGAAGCUCUGUUCGGUGAAGCCCUGCUUUCUGCAGCCUUGCAGCGGUGCGGGGGCAGCGGGAAGGAGCACACUGUGCCAGGGCAGAUGUUCAGCAAGAUUCCCUUGGCACCAGCCAGCAGUGCCCCAGGCGCUGGGCAGCCCCUGAAGCAGUUCCUGUGCUGUGGUGGGCCUGGUCCUGAGCUGAACCGUGUACAUCACGUUGGUGACCAGCUCAGAUGAACAACUUCUGUGGCCAAGCAAGUUCAUCAUCUGUAUAAAUGAUCUGUAGGAAAUCUGAAGAUAUUCCAGUUUUUUUAAGUGUAUUUCUUGUUGAGGAUGCUGUCUUCUGUGUGCUGGAAGCCUGUGGCAGCUCUUGAAUGAAACAGGUUUUUAGCCAGAGGUCACUUCCUUUUUGGAAAAUAGUGUUUUGCCUGUGUAGAAUUGCCCUGUGGUUUAUGCUGAAUGUGUUUGUUAUUCAACAUUAUCUGCCAUAAUAUGUUCUGUAGUGUUUAAAGGUUGUUGCCUUUUUCCUGCUGGGGGCUGCGUUUUGGCGAUGGGUGAAGUGAUGCUUGUAAUAGGUAGUUUUGUAUCGUUUUGUCAGGUACUGCAGGAUUGUUACAUGAAAAACUAUGUAUGUGUCAUUUACUAUUAUGUGUGCCUCUCAUGUUUUGGAAUUUAACAGACAUAAUAUCUGCCCUCAUGUCACCAUCAUCGCAUUCAUUUUUGUAGUAAUAAUCAAAGGUGGCAACAAUGGCAUUCAGAUGUUUAAUUACAUUUCAUAUAGGUGACCAGUGUUAACUUAUUAAAUUAAUGCGUGGUGGAGCGGGAGCAAGUGUCACCACUUCCCUCUGUGCCUAGGAAGACAUCAGCUUGCUCCUCGCAUAUCAAAAUCAGUAUAUAGUCAGCCAUAUGGCACCCGAGAGUGUUUAUUAAAGGAAUGUUUCUCCGAACAUUCUGUGUACUUUAUUUCUUAUUUCACUUCAUGUGGAUCUAAAAUAUUUUUUCCAUCUCUCGGAAAUUAAAACAUUGAACAACAUUCAUUCUUCAGCAAGCUGAAGCCAAGAUUUCUUAAGGUUUCAUGAAAAUUAAUAAAGCUGGAUUUUUGCUUGCAUCAGACUAGCCUCCUUCUCCACACUUUGCUUACCACUGGGCAUUUUCAGAUGGGUCUGGAGAAGUUUUUCUGGUCUCACUGCUGGAACUUUUGAGGGCUGUGAACUUUGGUGCGGGGAUCCCCCUCUUUGUUACUCAUUUCACACUGAGUAUCAAAGAUUUCUUGCAGUGCAACUAAUUAGCAGUUUCCAGGACAAAGACACUGAGUUUGUAUCUUCUUGCAGAAAUACUUUGUUAUUCUGUGACACAGAAAGAGAGGACAGUUCUCUGUACAGUUCUUGUUAACUGUGACCAUUCAGCUGUACUUUGAAAAAGCCAAAGGAUAUGCAGGAAAGCUGACAGUCUUUCCAGCUUCUGUGUGUUGGUUGUUCCUGCUGUUCUGUUAUUGUACCCAGCUGAGGGUGAGAGAGUAGUCCAGGUUGUACAAGUAAGAGUUCAUUGAGCAGCCUGAUCUAGUGAGAGGUGUCCCUGCCAGUAAGGGGGGCGUGGAACUAGAUGAUCUUAAAGGUCCCUUCCAACCCAAACCAUUCUAUGUUUCUGUGAUUGACUUUGACCGCUGGCAAAGCAUACAGACUCUAUAAAGAUGGACUCUGAGAUACAGGACAGCUCUUAAGUUGCACCCUGGCAUUUGGUUGCCUCAUGUUUUGCUGUGUGGGCUAGUUUCUGCUGGAGCAGAAGUUGCUGCAGUCUGCCAUCUCAGAUGAGGCACUAAACCAUCUAUCUGUACUAUGGAGAUAUCUGUGAUCUUAAGUAAAGAGAAAACCAAUUAAAUCAAUAAGAAUAAUGGUAGUUAGCUCUACGCUUAAGUUUCAGAUCUGAAAAUUGGAGGGAAUGAAGACUAGAGACAUAUUCAUUUCCCCUAUUACACUGUCAUAGCAAGAGAGCAUGCGCUUGUAACCCAGCCCCAUGAGAAGCAAAUAAGAUUCCUUUUAGCCCUAGGAAUACAAACACAUGUAUCAGCAUGCAGGCCUUGGCCCGUGUUUGCACAGACUGUUAUACAGUGUAAAGUGACUUCAGUCCUGAUAUUUGGCCUAAAACCACUGUAUGUGCAUGUAAAAUAUAAUUAAUGUAAUGCUUGAUCCUAGGGCAGAAUUUUUAUAUGACCUUUUAUCAGGAGUAGUUUUGGAAGCGGCCCAAAGUACAAAAUCCCUGGAGUUCUUAUAAAGGAGAAGCUGAUGAAAAAAACAUUUAUGGGGAUGUUGAUCUCUGAUCUCUGAGGAAGAGAAACUGCCAUGUAACUUUGCUCUGAGAAGCCUCAGUUUUGAGUCUGGUAUCUGCCUAGAAAUAAGGUAAAAUGAAAAUCUGACUCUAUUGUCUUAACAGCAGCUGAACUUAAACCAAAUUUUUAAAAAGUGUGUGUGUUAAACGGUAAGGAAGAAAUCAGUUCUGUGCUUCUCUGACUCAAGACCAAAGUAGCAUGAGAAUGUGACCCUCAGACUGUGUGAUGCUGGAAGGUCAGCCUGUCUGCCAGUAGCUGAGCAAUGCAAGGAGUGUGCAGUGAGAAUGUUCACUUAUCCUUGCAGGUGAAUGUUUUAAAAGCUUUGCUCUCACUUGCCCACUUCCCUUCCCAAACGUGUAUUUUCCGAAGAUUCCAAGGACAAUAAAUCAAUAUAUUGGCCUUUUCCCUAUGUUGAAAUAGUGUUUAAAUUCCCUUACAAGUCAAGUGUCUUUGCUACUGAUUUGUAGGACAUUGCCAGUACCAGAAUGCUCCGGUAUUUGCCAGUACUGAAUAUCUCUGGGAUCAGGUGUUUAAGGGGAAAAAAAAUACAAGGGAUGGGCAAUACUUUUUGAUUAUUUCCCCCAGAAGAUCUCAUGUUGUUGGAUCCACUGGCCAGUUCCUACCCGGUCAGGAGAUUACAGACACGUGAAAUGAGGAGGUUCUUACUUUUCCUUGAAAGCAUAGCCACACAAAGAUGAGAAACUUCAAGUGCCCUAUUAAGUGAAGAGCUACCAUUUAUGCUUCUAUGGAGUUAGAUGAGAGCUCCUAUAAGAGAGAGAUGCUGUAAGUGUUGACCUCCUGUCAGAGAGCUUUAGUCAAGGUAAGGAAAAUCACUCCUGGCACACAUAGAUCCCUUAGGUCACUAAAGCUUGCCCCAGUGUUACAUGCAAGGAGAUACUAAUAGGCCACUCCGAUGCAUUUUUACUGGGACCUAGGGGGGAAGCCAGCACUGUACAUCCCCUUUCCCUUAGUACUUCUGCACUAAGCAAGGGGCCAUACAGUGAAAAGCUGUCACGACACUUUUUUUUUUUUUUUUUUAAGCAACAGAAUAUGAAGCAAGUGAAUAAAGGAAGCACUGCCUCUACUCGGACGGAUACGAUGAGUUGCUGCAGCUUUAUUUUCUGAGUUAGUAUGAAAUUCAGAAAGUCUGUUAGUCUCAUAGCUCCAGUCUGGGAGGAACCCUGGUCUGUGGGAGAGUCCUUUGGCACUACCAGAGUGUAAAUUAGAGAUUUCCAAACCCAAAACACUGUUAUGGCCAGCUGAAGAAAAAUGUCUUCCUUGAGUGGAAAGGCACAAACUGUGCUCGGCCUGGUGGAGCCGGAGCAACUCGGCUGUACAUUGACUCAUGAACACUUGUCCAUGGACUACAGCAGCUUCUUCUGUCCACCUUCACCAGGCCAAGAGCCUUUGUCUGAGGGGCCCAUCAAGAUGAAGAACUUAUUUUGGAUCAAGCAGAAUCCCUACAGCCAUAAAGACAACCUUCUUCUGUGUCAGGAGAUAGAUGCCGUGAGGGAGGAGCUGCUGCAUUUUAAAGCAGCAGGUGGUGGGACUAUUGUGGAGAACACAACCACGGGAAUCCGUCGGGAUAUGAAGACUUUGAAGAAACUCGCCGAAGAAACUGGAGUCCAUAUUAUUGCUGGGGCAGGGUUUUAUGUGGAUUCCACGCAUUCUUCUCAAACACAGGCUAUGACAGUGGAGCAGCUCACAGACAUCAUUGUUGAUGAGAUCCUCCACGGAGCAGAUGGGACUGACAUCAGGUGUGGAGUGGUGGGAGAGAUCGGCUGCUCCUGGCCCAUGACUGCAAGCGAGCGCAGGGUGCUGCAGGCGACUGCACACGCACAGGCACAGAUCGGGUGCCCCAUCAUCAUCCACCCUGGCAGGCACAGCGAUGCACCCUUCCAGAUAGUUCGUAUCCUGCAGGAAGCUGGGGCUGACGCUUCCAAAACAGUCAUGUCUCACCUCGACAGGAGCAUAUUUGAUACAAAGAAACUUCUGGAAUUUGCUAAACUUGGAUGCUACUUGGAAUAUGACCUAUUUGGUACAGAAUUUAUCCAUUACCAAUUCCAACCUGACAUUGACAUGCCAAGUGACAAUGACAGAAUUGCAAGGAUUCGUAUGCUGAUCGAUGAAGGCUAUGAAGACAGAAUUCUGAUGGCUCAUGAUGUGCACACGAAGAAUAGGUUGAUGAAAUACGGAGGUCAUGGAUAUUCACACAUCCUCAAAAAUAUUGUUCCUAAAAUGCUGAUUAGAGGCAUUUCCCAGGAUAAAAUUGAUAAAAUACUGAUAGGAAAUCCAAAGCGGUGGUUGACUUUUAAAUAAGAACAGUGAAUUAAUGUUCCUACCUUAUAGGGAAGAUUGCUACAAUUCAGGUGUGAUUUAGGAGAGCAGCCAUUUAAAUAUGUGCUGCUUUUCAGAGAUCCACAAGGUAUUAGUGCUAUGAGCAACCUGAUUAUGACUUUUCCAUUAGACCAACAAAAUUACUUAUUUUCUCUGUAUUUCUUCCCUUCUAAAAGUCCAUUCAUGAAUGAUUUGCUGGAGAUGCGCCUAUCUGCAAAAUCUUUUCAGUGCAUUAAAAUAAUUGUUACCAAAGAGUAAUCUCAUAUUAGUGUUACAUCAUGCAAAAAUAUUUUUGAAGAAGCAUCAUCUGGGCUUUGAAAGAAAUUACAGUUUUCAAUUAAAUUCCCCUUCUCCAGGGUGUGAUUUUAAUUCAUCUAAUAUUGAUAAUCUGCUAAUUAUCCCUUUAUUAAGCACUAUUUAAAUGAUAUAAGGUCUGUCACUUUUGAAUCACUGCCAAAGAGAACAGAGGGCAAAAUUUCAAAUAAUUCUGAAAAGGCACUGUUUCUUUCUAGCUGAACAAUUUACUUAUUUCUAACUGAAACUGGAAGAAAAAAUACAUGAGAAAUACUAUUUUUUAAUAAAGCAAUUUGUAGACUCCUGUA